CCAUAAAAUCUGCAUGGGUACUUGCCAGCGCUGCAUGCUAUGUUAACAAAUUCCUUUCAGCGCAUUUCAAACUGUGCCGGAGAAAAGGACUUUCGAGGACACGUACUAUCAACUUCAUCUCGAGGGUAUCCUCCGCGUCUUCCCUCUCGCCAUGCGAAUGGUGGUCCGUACAUUCCGGAUGGAGAUGCGGCUCGACGACACCGGCAGCGGACGGACGGACGGCGAGUUGGAUUCAGUGCGAAUGAACUGAGCUAGCCAACCUGUUAUGGUUAAAUCUGCACCCACCACCAAGCGUUGCGAAAAUGAAAACUCGCAUCGUCUAACAAAGCUUUCAGCCAAGGUUUCAGCUCAUCCCCCGCUGCUACACUUUUGAAGUCUCGUCAUGAACCCCGUGUGGGUACGUGCGUUGUCCGGUCGUUUAGGUUCGAGAGGACGUGCCUUCUUGGUGAGAGUGAUUUGGUUCGUGCUUGGCUUCGUCUUCGCGCUGUGGUGUAGUUACGACAUCGCAGCGCGCUCCGCGAGGGAAGCGGAAGGCACCGCGAGUGAUUGGUGGGGCAAAGAAGGCGACACGUUUCUGUUCGUGGCGAUACUGUCGUCCCACAAGACGGAACAUCUGCGCCACGCAGCGCGCGGAACGUGGUUGAAGCUGGCAGCCGCGUCCGAACAGCGCGUAGUUUACAAGUUCUUCGUGGGUGCUCACCGUACACCACCGCAGUGGGUAGAGAACCUCAAGCGAGAAUCGCUUAGGUUUGACGACAUUGUGAUCCUCGACGAUGCCGAGGACUCGUACGAGGAAUUAACCAGCAAGCUGGUCAGUAGCCUUAAGUGGAUCGUGGGCCACUACUAUUUCGACUUUGUGCUGAAGCUGGACGACGACUCGUUCGCCAGAGUAGAUGUCGUUGCCAACGAGCUGGCCAAGUGGAAGGAAGAAAGGCCGGACCGGGAGCUCUACUGGGGCUACUUUGCCGGAAACGCGCCCGUAUUCAAGACCGGAAAGUGGGCAGAAAGAACGUGGUAUCUCAGAGACGGCUAUUACCUGCCUUACGCGCGCGGCGGAGGAUACGUGCUGCCCCAGAGUGCCGCGAGAUUCAUUGCAACCUUGGCUUGCGUCGCAUUCGAUCAUUACUUCAGUGAGGACGCGGCCGUGGGCGUGUGGACGGCACCGCUGAGGCUCGAUCGCAAGCACGACCGGCGUUUUGACACGGAGUACCGCUCACGCGGUUGCUUCAACUCGUACCUGGUCACUCACAAGCAGACUGCGACCAUGAUGUAUGAGAAGUACCGAAACCUCCUGCAGAACGGUGUAAUGUGUCAGAGGGAAGUGCGGUCGAGACUGUCAUACGAGUACAACUGGAGUGCACCGCCUUCUAAGUGCUGCAUACGCAACAUAACAGACGCGACUUUAGGUCGUCGCCCGAGGUUCCACUGGCAUCACAGCCAGCUGUGAUGCCAGCCGUGCUGGGGAUAUUCUUCACCCCCUUUUUGCUUGGCCUUUCCGAAUUAUAGACAUUCUUAUAAUAUUUAUUCACGACAUCCAUGCAAACACAUCGAAAGUUCAUAUGGUAAAUGUUCAUCUCGCAAACUGAGGUCACUUUGAUCUUGUAAACAUGUGCCACAAUGUGUGGGUGAAUCUGUCAACACCAAUAUAAAUAGUGCCAAUGUGUUGGUAACAGCGUCUGUAUAAGUAUUGGGCUAUUUAUUAGCUGCAGACCGUGCGCUAUAAUAGUCUCGCGUUAUCAUAUUAAUAUCUUAUGAACAAUUGCAAUGAAGGUUUGAUGGUAUUAUACAAAUGAACGUAAAGCCUCAGUACAUGUCAUGCUGAACAUAAAUGUGUACAACCACUACUAUUUGAUGGUAUUAUACAAAGGGUCUUAAAUCCUCAGUACCUGUCAUGCUGAACAUAAAUGUGUACAACCAAUACUAGUAAACUCUGCAGCAAUUGGUGUAAACAGUCCAGCAAAUAGAACAUUUGGUCUACCAUUUUUUCCCGCUGCUUUGGUUGCACCCAUGGUGACCACUGUAUUUUCCAGAACUGAAUAUUCAGUGCUGCCAUCGCAGUGUUGUACAUAUUCCUCUAAAACAGGAAUGAAAGCUCGUUCCUCGUUCCUUCCCAAUCUUGAAACGAUUUCCCAUUACAAGUUUCUUUAAUGCGAAAGGAACGUGUUCCAGUUACACUUUAACAUUGGAACGUACCGUUACAGUAACAUUACAUUUAAUGUUUUAGUUAUGAUAUAGUGUCGGAUAAUCCUGAGGCGAAAUAAAGUGAGCAAUUUAAAACUCGCAUCGAACUAUGUAUAUUAUACGAAUUUGAACAUCGCCGGCAGCAGAUUUUCUGGAGAUGAAAAGAAUCCAAAGAAACGCUCUUAGGCUAAUUUUUUCAGGGAGCACCGUUGCAACUGUGGUGCUCAUAUAUUACAAGUGCAACAUAUAUGGCACUUUCCACUUCAGUCUUCAAAUGCGCACUCGGGAUACUGCGCUUCAGUGAAAACCAGGAUUGGUCGAUAGGGUCGUGACGAAUGCGAGUCACGUGAGGACUGAGAAUUUUCCAUCCACCGCGAAGUCCCUCGAAUGGCGCUGCGAUCCUGAAGUCAUCAUGCCUUCGUGGCAUGCCAGCAUGGAGGAAAGAAACUACAGGAGAGAGCGUCGCGUGACAAUCUUUUGAAGCCUAGUCAUAAAAAAAUUUCCCCUUCCAUACAUUUCCAAUACGAAAGACUCGCACAAACCCCAACGGGGCGACAUAUUCUACGGAAACUCAAAAUUCUAUAUGAAGCGCAACACGGCACGAAACUAAGCAUUCCACUAGAGACGAGGAGGGAAUUUUAAAUUCCUUCAGUGGCCAAGAACAUGCACCCGGAGCACCACAAGGAGCAACGAGAGGCAAGGGCGCGCCACAUUGAGCGCAAAUACCAUGACGUAGAGGGCGUGGCCUACGUAGACGCCGCGGAAUAGAGAACGCAUAGGGAUGUCCGUAGUAGCGGUAAACGCGGACAGAGAACUCCUCGCGAGCGGCACCGUGAGAACGGAUAAGCCCGAAGUUGCGGAGGAAGCCGCCAUAGCAUUAGCGGUGGCCUCCACAAAAGUGAGAAUUAUCAUAAGCGCCUCAAAAAUUGCCGUUCAUAAUUUCACGAAAGGACGCAUCUCGCCAGAAGCGCUCAAAAUUCUAAACAACAGCGACCGUCAUCGAGGGACAAUCCAAAUUAUUUGGGCACCCGCACACUCCUCUCUCCCCUGCAACAAGGCGGCUCGCAACGUAGCUCGAGGACUUACUCCCCGAGCAAGUGAGCCGGCCCAGCCGGGAACGGGUCAGUGAGCCGGCCCAGCCGGGUCAGCUACAAAGAAAUAACCGAUUACUAUCGGCUGGGAAGGGCCCGGUACCCACCAGCUCAUCCCGCACUAACCAGGAAACGGGCGAUGGCCUGGCACCUCCUGCAAACAAACACGUAUCCUAACCCGGUGGCAGGCAGCAGAUUCUAUCCAGGGCAAUACAACGAUCGAUGCAAAUUAUGUAAAGGUAGGGCGGAUCUGCCACAUAUUCUAUGGACGCACGGACGCAGAAAGUUUGCUGGGGUAGCCAUACACAGCUUCGCUGUAAAAAUAUAACGGAGAACUCGUGAAAAGAAUGCACCAUAGUCACAUGACAGGCAAGCGGUAGUUCUUUGCCCCUCAUGCGGUUGCCCAUCCGCCUUGCAUGAUGUACUGCGUACGUGCGUGUAUCUGUUCAGUGCCGCAGAACGUUUACAGAAGGAAUGCCGUUCCAUCUGCUGUUCCUUCGUAAACCUAACAAGUUACCGUUGCAGUUCCACCGACCCCUAACGGAACGGUGGCGUUCCUCUGUUCCUCCCAAAAGGAACUAGUUCCUGGAACGCCAUUCCAUACAACACUGUGCCAUUGUUACGGUUCAGACAAGCAUUAUUUAAGCCAACAUAAAAUAGGUGUUCCGAUAUAUAUCGCUGACAAGCCUUACGAUUGGGCUACCUACAUUUUUUGAGAUCACAAUGUUUCAUACAUGGCAAGCAACACCAUGAAGGCUAGAGAGACUCCUCUCACGUCUCACAUUCGUGACCUAAAAAUAUUGCAUCACAUAUGAAAGAAAGAUAUAGGUAGGCGUCAUGAAAUUUGAUGUUAAUAUUACGACCCAUACUUUUGUGUUGCAAAAUACAACGCAAUUAUUACAUGGAAGACGUCACAAAUCUGACGCUACAUUUAUUGCCAAAUGAGUGGAACGACACGUUUCUGCAACCGGCGGCCUCAGUACAUCACUUGUGCUCGCGACCAAGGCAUAGUAUCUUGCAUAACUGAAGCACAAAGCUGCACAAAUAAUAUGCGAUUUGACGCGCCCUUACGUCCGCAAGUUGUAAUAUAUGAAGCAGUUGUCUGGUAUUAAGCACUACAGACAAAAAUGACUGCACUGUUAAACGUGCGGAGAGACGUCUGUGACCGCAAUGCUUGUGCACCUUCCACAGUGUUGCCUGCCAUGUAUGAAAUUAUGUAUAGUGAGAUUACUAUUGGUGCUCAAUAUGAGCUGCAAGCCGUAGGUUCAGCUACUCUCUCGGGAAGAAAGUGGAGAGGGUUUGGUCAUUCCAGAAAUGCAAAUCCCUCGUGCUUUACGCUGUCUGCUAUCUUCGCAGAGUGAUAAUACAGUGGCCUAUAAGUCCUUAACCCUUAGCACAGCGUGCUUUGUCAUGGCGUACGCUGCCCUAGCUUUCCAAAUAUUUUGUUUUUGUUUUUUUAUCUGUGACGAAGUGACAGCUGCCCGGUGGCCAGUGUAUUAUCGCUCCACGAAGAAAGCAGAGGGUACACUCAAAUGGUGACACCCACUACACAUUUUUCUCUAAAGCGUCGCUGCAGCUACGGCUCGCGUGUUGCAGCUCAUAUUGAGUAUGAUAGUGCAUGCUCGCAACGGCAGUGAAAUCCAUGUGUAGAGCUAGUGUGCAUUACAUUGAGUCUCAAUUAAUAGUUACUGAAAGCUGAGAAUUGAAAUGUGGGCAGCCUGAAAGGCAGAACAUUGCACUGUCGGCAAGAAAGAGUCGUGCCUAUUGAAACCAAUCUGCCAGAUUUUUAUUGCUCACUAUGUGCACUUCUGCCAUUUUUUCCCCCCCAACUGCUCUACAAGCCAUUUACUGUAUCCAUUUCCUGAGCAAGUUCAGAAGUGAGCCCCCCUGGAAUAUAUUUGAUUUUGUAGCCAUGAGCAAACAAAUUGAAAUAAGAACAAGCUUCUCUAAACAGACUCGGUGGACAGACAGAGUACCUUGCGAACUUUCCUCGAGGAACAUGCAUAGUACAAAGUGCAAAAAAUUGAUUUUGUAUAUGAGGGACAUACACAGCUCCGUCAUAUAUUGAUUUUGUAGCCGUAAGUGAACAAGUUGACAAGAACAAGCUUCACUGAAUCGGGGGAUUCAGUGUGCACAGUACUACAUGUUUUCUUCGAAACUCGUAUGGGCCACGUUCUGCUGCUGUCCUCUAGGAGAGUGGUCAUUUGGCUCGUGCAAUGAAAGCAAGUGGACUAAUUCAUGCCUGACAAAAAGUGCAAGCAUAGUUGCAGUGCAUCUCUUUGCCAUCCAUUUGCGCUAUGCUUUCCAUCUGUUGACAGUUGCUCAAGUGACUGCAUUUCAUUUAGGCAAGAAUAUGCAUCAUAAUCAAAUAAGAUGUUUUAAUGGAAUGGGUUUUAUGAACAGAUAUUGGUUACAAGUAAGCAAAAAAAUUCUGGAAUCAUCAUGUAGGCCAUACGCACUGCGCAACAACAGUAAAUCUGCUACAGUAAGUCUGCUUUUCGAUACCGUGAUCAAUCACAGAAGUUGAUGCAGAAAUGUGCUGUCCAAGGUUGCAAUGUAUUGACCAUCCUCCGAGGCAAAAGGGCAUGUAGCGGCCAUUGAAGGCCAGUGGAUUUAUGCUCUUAGUUGCAAAUGAGUGGGCUCAUCUGCUACCUUGACAAAUCGAAACAGCACACUCCAUAGGGAAAGCCAGAAAUGAAUUUCAAGGUGCAUUGCUGGACUUCCAACUAAUGCUUCACUAAUAAGUGCAGACACAAGCCUGAGCACAGACAAGCUGUAGAAGCAAAAUUUUACUACCUAACAGAGUCAUCACAGCAGAUUAAUGCACUGGCAUCGUCUGCUUAUCCAGAAUGUAUUGACUUUGCUUGCUCAUAAAAACUAACUUGAGCGUCAGUGGCUUGUUUUUUACUCUUUGAAUAGCGAAGCAUCAGUUAUAGUGCAGAAUCACAUUCUGUUGUCCUUAGUCAUUUUUGUGUUUGUUGCUUUGUUGGAGCCUUUGAAAAUGUGCCAACUAGCCCGACUUGUUGAUGGAUGGCAGACACAAGAAUGUUCUUUGCUGCUCUUCUUGCUGUUGCAAGAUUCACUAAUUAGUCUAUAGCUUCUACUAAGCACCAGAUUUAGCAGUCUCUACAUAAAUGUGUUAUGCACAAAAGUGCUCUCACUGAACCAUUGAAACAAUUUGAAUGAAAUGUGCUGCAUUUCAGGAAAAAAAUGCCAAAUCGUAGUGAUAAUUGAGAAAUACUUUACUUACAAAUUUUUUUUAUAGUUACACAAAUUGAAUUGUAGCUAGCCCCUUGAAAAGUUCAAACAACAUGUUUGCAACUCAGCUAUGAAAUGAAAACAAUUGUCACAGCUGUAAAAAUCAAGUUGUAUAGACUGUCUAAGCUGGAGAAAAUUGAUAUACUAUUGUAAAUUACUCUGAAAUGUUGUAUUUUGUAAGCAAGUCGUGUUCCAUAAGUCAUCAAUUCACAUGUUUCAUCUACUAUUGUAAAUUACUCUGAAAUGUAUUUCGUGAGCAAGUCGUGUUCCAUAAGUCAUCAGUUAACGUUUCAUCUCCUAUUGUAAAUUACUCUGAAACGUUGUAUUUCGUGAGCAAGUCAUGUUCCAUAAGUCAUCAGUUCACAUGUUUCAUCUACAUUCAAUGUUGUCAUGUGCAUGUCGCAGAGUUAGUUGCAAUUGUGAUUAAUAGGCAAUUGGUAGCAGUAGGUUCCAAACCCAUGACCUGCUACGGUUGAGGUGUAGCACUGCCGAUUUCAAGCAAGUUGUCUUAGUUUCUGUAGUUGUCAUUGUACGCAAGUAUUACUUAGGGCAAACUUUCUGCGCAUAUGAAAGUGUCUGUGCCUGUGAGAACUAGUCAAAUAAAAAAACCUUGGUGUAAA